AUGCUUGUGGUUCCUAGUUUCUUGUUGCUGCUACUGGCAGGACAGACCGUGUGUCUGCUCAACUCUGGCUCUGGGUACUCGAGUUCUACUCGAUCACCUCGAGCUCGCACUCAAACUGGGGGCCAUAAUAAGCAUACAAAUACCCCAAAGCCCAUCAAUUCUUCUGGCACUCCUACUUUGCCGUAUAUCCCACCAUCAUCCAAGCAUGGGAAUACCCCGGCUCCUUCGAGGCCACCACCUGGCUCAUCAAACAGUUCGUCUGGGCCGUCAAGGCCUCCUGGUUCUUCCAACCACUCCAACCCGCCGUCGGGCCCAUCAAACGGUCCAUCAGGGCCCUCAGGGCCGUCAAACGGGCUGUCUACCACCUCAACCCGCCCGCCUGGCUCACCUCCGUCAGCGUCAUCUUCGUCACAAAUCAAGCCCAGCGAUUCUUCGACGCCUCCUGGCCCUUCAAAAACACCCACAAACCCUCCACCCACAGGAACCCCUGGUCCCACUGCUCCGCCUCCAUCGUCGAGUUCAUCCUCCUCGCAGAUGACCUUUACCACUCCCCCGGCUAGUGUCCACACAAGCAGUCUCUCCCAGAGCCUCUCAUCGAGCGACACUCUCCUAACGACAACCGAGGAUGGCCACAAGACGGUCAUUCCUGUCGUGGGGGGCAUUGGACUUUGGGGCAUCAGUAGGCCGGGUGUUUACAAGAACCUUCCGGGUUUCUCCAACCCGGUCAAAAUUCCAUGUCUGGUCGCGUGUGAUCCAAUCACCGACACGCCCGGCGUCGUCCCACCCGGUGGAGGUGGUGGGGACGGGGAAGGGGACGGGGAAGAUGAUAACACGAGCCGCGAUUCAUCGUGCAAGUCGUCCACUUCCAAGUACUCGACCGAGUUUGUCACUUGCACGCCCAUCAGCAAUUCCCAGACGACGACAACGUCUUGCACCACCUCUACCGAGACUCUCACGACUACCGGGUGUGAUCUCACUGUCUCGGACUCUACUACUACGACCACGAAGACGCCUGAGCCUUCCGUGUUGCCAUUGACCUUUGUGACAUUCACUGUUGAGCCAGCCUCUUCAACACCCUCCUCAUCCUCCUUAAGAUCUUCUUCAAAAUCUUCUUCAAGAUCCUCGUCUUCUUCUGCACCGCCUCAUAUACCUUUGACUAUGACAACGUUCACUGUCCACCCGGUUUCUACCCAGAGCUCUUCACGAAGCUCUUCACGAAGCUCUUCCAAAUCGUCCAGCUCUUCCAGCUCUUCCAGUCGCGUCAAGACCUGCACUGCCAAACCAAAGCCUUCUAAAACCUCUGGGGCGAGCAUGCAAACUUCCGAGCCUACCCCAUCAUCGAAGACUCAACACAGCUCACCCACGGCCCUUCCCACACCUUCAUCUGCCAGCAAGACCACAACUCCCCCGACGACAACCGCUCCUUCUUAUCCUAUCAGGUGUAUUCCCGAUGCCAACCCGGAUCUGCCAGAACCCGUCUGUGUCUGCACCGAGUCCAAAACAAGCACCUACUCAGCCCCGACCUUGUCUGGAAAUGAUAUGUGUGGUUACACCACUAUCCCAUCCAGCCAAGUCUCCUCAAAUGCAGAGACAACCCCAGUCACGCACACGGACUACACAUACACCGAUUUCAGUGACAGCGUGGUCAAAUCAUGCGCAACAGCAACCGAGUCCAAACUCACUAUGGUAGCCAGCGCAUAUAUAACCCGCUGCGACGACCCAAAGCCGCUGUCCACGCUGCACCCGGUGCCUGGCACCGCCACGCUGCACGUGUGGGAAGCCCGCGAAACCGCUAACGUGGUGAACAGUCUCUACAUUGCAGCGAUGAUGAGGGAUGCAUCCGGCGAGGUGGUGGCCAAUCAAUCGAUGUCGGUGAAAACGCACUACGGCCACAAUGUCACAAUCGACGUCGAUGGCAGGGACGACGACCCAAUUAACAUCCAGCCUGUCGAGUCCGUCGAUGCAAUGGACGACGGCGAGAAACGGCGCCGCAGCUGGUUCGAGAAGCGCAUUGGGAACCCUGUCAUUACUAACCCCGGUGCUGGAGACCGCACGGAUUUGGUCUUCUAUCUGAAUGGCCUGGUGUUUAAUUCCCAAGAUGACACCGAUGACAAGACGGACAAGAAACCGCCGUAUUGCUCUGUGGGUGGCUGGGAUCAUGGCGAUGCUUGGGAUGGUUUCAAGGAGUUCACGAAGGUCAUACCUGGUGUGGCAUUGGCUGAUGAAUUGAUCAAUGGAGACAUGUCUGAUUCACUUCCGAAUCGACAGUUAGACUGCUAUAUAGAGUACCAUUGA